GAUUUUUUUUUUUUUUUUUUCAGCAUGCAUAGUUCUUGGAAAAAUUGAUCAUAUCAACAUGGCAAGUAAUGCAGAUGCAAACGAGUAUACGCAAUCAUCUCUACUAGAACCUGACACUGCUGAUAAACAAUGGGAGGAUAGUGUAGAUGUUUACCAAAUUGAUGAGCAGUUUGAUAGCAAAGAUUUGGAUGAGGGUUUUGAUCUUGGUGAUGAAAUUGAAGAAGAAAUUGUUGAAGGGCUGAAUGCUGAAAUCCAAGAUGAGAGUUGUUCAGAAUUAAAAGCAAAACAGGAAAGUGGUGCAGAUGAAGACAGUAUUUAUAAUUUUUUAGAUGAUGAAGGGGAAAAUAAGAUUCCCAUAGAUGGCAAAGCUGAAGACAAAAACUUGGAAUCUGAAGAAAUAUUUGAAGAAAUUGAAGAGUGGGAAGAAGUAACAGAAGAAGAAGAAGUAAGUGAUAAUGAAGAUACUGAAGAAGAUGAAUCUGAUGAUGAGGAUGGUGAUGAAGAGGAAGAUGGUGCUGAAGAAGGCAUGUCAACUAAAGGUCAAAUUCAACUAGGAGCAUGUGCACAUGAAAGUGAUGAAGAUCUUGAGAACUGCUACAUAUGCUUAACUGGUAUUCGUGAUCAAGACUUAGGAACACCAGAAAGCUGUGAUCACACUUUCUGUUUGGAGUGCAUACUAGAAUGGUCUAAGCAUGUAAACACAUGUCCUGUGGAUCGUACUUUGUUUCACUGCAUAUUAGUGCGCUACACACUUGGUGGUCAGAUUGAACGUACCAUUCAGGUGGAGACGUGUAAUAAACAGGAGGAAGAACAAGAAGAUUCUGUCACAUACUGUGAGGUUUGUGGCUGUUGUGAUCGUGAAGACAGACUUCUACUGUGUGAUGGCUGUGAUAAUGGAUAUCACUGCGAAUGUCUAGAUCCACCCCUGGAGUUCAUACCUAUUGAAGAAUGGUACUGUCCUGAGUGUGCAACUGUUGAACAAUCUGUUGUACAACAAGAUGAUGAGGAAGAUAAUUGUGAAGAUAUUACAAAGGAAGAAAAACCAGAGACCCAUCAACGGAGAAGUGUUGCCAAGGAUAACCGACCUUCACAAUCCCUCCGAGCUACACGUGCUAUUGCUCGCACGCAAGUCAGUGAACGUGUCAUGGCCCGAAUAAGUGAAGUUCGAGCCAAAAGACAGCUUGAACAAGACAGUGUUAGGGCUAGCAGCUCUGUAUUUUCGAAAAAGUACACACCAAAAAAAAGUACCAAAAAACGAAAGAAGAAAAGGAAAAGAGUGAAAAGUAAAGUCAAAGGUAGAAAAGUCAAAGGUAAAAAAGUAAAGAAAAAGGUGAAAGCAACUAGACCAGCAACAGUGAAAACAAGAAUUGCAGGCAAGUUAGGUCUUGUUAAAGCCAGAUCAGGAAGUCUGUUGCCUGAUCGGAAAGCACACCUGGAACCGAGCUUAGAUAAUCAACGGGCUGGUAUUGGUGCCGCCAAACUCAACAUAUUUGGUGGGAAUGACCUUACAGAAAUUAGGUUAGUCAUAAAACAUUACUCCUUGAUUUUAUGGGGACAGUUAAAGCAGCUUUUGUAUAUCAAAUUCUGAAUUUUUGAGGUCAUG